UAUAUCUUCAUGAAUAAUUUAAAUGACCCUCCAAAUUGGAAUAUCCGGCCUAAUUCGAGGGCCGAUGGGGGUGAUGGAAGCAGAUGGAAUUAUGCCCUGUUGGUUCCCAUGCUGGGAUUGGCUGCUUUUCGCUGGAUUUGGUCUAGGGAGUCCCAGAAAGAAAUAGAGAAAGAGAGAGAAGCAUACCGCCAGAGAACAGCAGCUUUCCAGCGGGAUCUCGAAGCCAAGUACCAUGCCACGAUCUCAGAAGGUCGGCGUGCCAUGGCUCAGUUGUCGUUGGAACUGGAAAAGGAGCAAAACAGGACGACGAGUUACCGAAAAGCCCUUAUCUCUCAGGGUCGCAAGUUGGCAGAAGAGAGGAAGCUUCUGGAGCAGGAGCGGGCUCAGGCCAUGCAGGAAAGGGGACAGGUGCAGCCGUUGAGGAGUGCGUACCUGAGCUGCCUGGAGGAGGAGGAGGGCUGGCAGGGCCGAUCACACCAGCCCGAUGUCCUGCUCCUGCCACCUCUGGGCUCCCGCCCCGCCUGCGAGCUCACUACCGCCAGAGGCUCUGCAAACAGCAGCCAUGCUCAGGUCCCCAGGGCUGCCCUGUGCCCCCCGCUGUGGCACUUCUGCUGA